AUGUCUCUCUUACAAGUCCCUUUCUUCUAUAGCGCGACCAAUAAUCGAAUCAAUCUAUCAAGAUCUCAAGAGAAUACAACGAUCAAAGAGUAUUCUAUCGAUGGAUCACCAUUUGCCAGAAAUCUAUAUGCAGAAAGACCAAGUACCAGAUUCUUUAUGUCUGAAGUCCGUGUUCAGAAAAACAAGAAAGAACUUCACACAGCCAUUUGUUUGCCAUCAAUGAUUCCACAUAUCGAUAAAUACCAAAUUCACAGUAUUGAUUAUAACCGAAUUCAUAUCGAACAAUCAUGUCAAGUAUUGACAGGAUCACCAUAUAUUAAAACUGUCAAGUUGGUUGGAGAUCAUUAUGAGUCCUACGACUACGAGCUAUUCAAUCGAUUCACACUCAGUCUGCCCAAUCUUGAAUGUCUUCGUAUUGAUGUUACUUCAAUGCCAAAGCAUAUAUCGAUGGUCGUUGAACUGUUAAAAAGAAAUCAAAUCCAACACAUGACAAUUGGUGGUGUGAAAUCAAAUUUACAUACCCAAAUGGUAUCAAUAUUCGAUGCAGUCAAAACAAACAAAUCACUCAUCUCUUUGAAAAUCAAUGGUUCGUCAAAUAUGAUUCAAAAAGAAGAAGAAGAAAAAGAAAGAUUUAAUUUAUAUUAUCAAUUCAAUUCAAGAUGA